UCAGAGUUACGCUGUGUAAAUUUUCAAUUUAGAAUCUUUCUCACUUAGCAGCUUGAAUUGGUGUAGAAAAAAUUUGUUAAACAUUAUUAGACUAUAUUAUUUAAAACCUCAAAUAAUAUCGAAUCUUUCCAUUUUUUAUCAAGUUGAGAUUGAACAAAAUUUUAUUUAUGCCAGAGUUUUUGGGUCCAUCCCAAAUUAAAAAACUACUUACAAGUACACUUGUAUCUCAAACGUUUUUAGGCGUAGAUGUAGGGUCUUCUUGUGUAGGUUUAGCUAUCGCACAACACGGGACUAAGAUGGCUUUCCCCUUGUCUUGGUUUAAGCGUAGAAAUCCUCUAGAAGAUGCCAGAGUGGUACACGACAUUCUGAUCGCUAAUGGUGUUGAUGUUUGUGUGUUUGGUUAUCCCUUGACUUUGCAAGGUGGUGAGGGUGAAAACUGUCGCAACGUUGCUUUGUUCGUCCGAGGGUUGCAACAACAAGGUGUUUUCUUAGAUACAAAGGUGCACAGUUGUUUAUUUUGGGAUGAAAGAUUUUCUACACAGAUGGCGAAACGAGUUGUUUUACGAACAAGGCAGAACUUGAGAGACCUGCGAGAUCCAACUAAAGAUGAAAUGAAGAAAGAAGUGGACAAAUAUUCAGCGGCGUUUUUGCUGCAAACUGUGCUAGAUCGUUUUCCGUAGUUUUUAGAUCAAUUCAUAUAUUUUGGAACUCUUGAAAUACUUUGGUUGCAAUACCACCUGCAACGACUGAAUCGAUGAUAAUAUUGUUCAUUCAUUGAAAAUCUAGUUGAGUUACGUCUGAAAUGUUCUAAAUGUUUCUCUAUUUUUGACCUGUAAAUAAACGAUUUUGUAUAUGAUUUCAUUAUGUUUGUAUCU